CAAAAAGAUCUGGCAUCGCUCUUUCUUAACACGCGCAUGUAAAAUAUUUAAGAAAUAAAUAUUAGUCGCAAACAGUUUUAAUACAAUAUAAUUUUGCUGAAAUAAACCCAGUUCAUUUAAGAAAUCGCAUCUACCUCCGCAUAUAAGAUUCAAUACUCUAUUCAGCCGUCUCAAGCUAAAAUGGCUGGAGUACUCUUUGAGGACAUCUUCAACGUGAAAGACAUGGAUCCGGAGGGCAAGAAGUUCGAUCGUGUGUCCCGCCUGCACUGCGAGUCCGAGUCUUUUAAGAUGGACCUGAUCCUGGACAUCAACUCGUGGCUAUACCCCAUGGAGCUGGGCGACAAAUUCCGCCUGGUUCUGGCCACCACGCUGCGCGAGGAUGGUUGCCCGGACAGCGGGGAGUACAAUCCAAUGGAGCACGAGGGCACGCGGGCGGACAGCUUUGAGUACGUUAUGUACGGCAAGAUCUACAGGAUCGAGGGCGACGAAGCACACAAUGAGGCCUCCCGGCUCUCCGCUUACGUGUCCUUCGGCGGCCUGCUGAUGCGACUGCAGGGUGACGCCAACAAUCUUCACGGCUUCGAGGUGGAUCAGCACAUGUACCUGCUGAUGAAGCGACUGGCCUUCUGAAUUUUCUACCUACUUAUUUUCGAUCGCAAAUUAGACAUAGACAACAAACUUUA